AUGGGAGGGAAGGGCCUGGUGCUCGUGGCGGCCGCUGGUUUGGACGACGACGGCGGGACGGGGGACGGCAUGCAGUGCUCGCAGCACCCCCUCUACGGCCGAGCCAACCCCGGAGGGAUCUGCGCCCUUUGCCUCCAGGAGAAGCUCGGCCGGCUCGUCUCCGGCGGCCCCGCUGCCAAGCAGCAGGCGUACCACAUCGGCGCCGGAGGAGACGAGUACUCAUCUCAUUCGCCUUCCUCGCCUCCUUCCUCCAUCCGCCCAACUGUGGUUGAGGCUGCCUCCGCCGGCUACGGGUGGGGGGGCGUGGCCGCCGCUUCCGAUGAUCUGCGCUCCUUGUCGUCCUCGGUCAACAAGCACGGUCCCGGCAGCAGCCGAAGCAGGAUGAUCCCCUUCCUCUACAACCCCAGGCAGAAGAAGAAAGAUCAUAGCGCGGCCGCCGGCAGCGGCCUUAACCGGGCGGCCGUUUCCUCCAGCUCCUCCUCGUCCCUCUCGGCCGUCUCCACCACCAUCACUUCCUCUGGCAGCGCGAGCAGCAGUAGCAGCAACCCGAUUUUCAAGAGAAGCAAGUCCGUCGCCGGCAACCCGAUAGGCGCCGACCCGGACGGCAACCGAGGCGCCGGCAGGGCCAUUCACGAAGACCGAGAGAUGUUGGACAGCCCCAGGAAGAAGAGCUUCUGGUCCUUCCUUCACCUUCACCUCUCUUCUCAUCACCACCGCUCAUCCUCCAGGCAAGGGAACGUCACCGCUCCUGCCGCAAAGCAAAGAUGUUCGGGGAGUGGCGGCGCCGCUGCCACCUGUACCAGGGACAUCAAGCUGCUGCCACAGCCGCCGCCGCAGCUGCUCGUCGUCAGCCCCACCGGCGGUUCCGCCAAAUCUGACGAAAGCACCAGGACGCCGGCAAGGGAGGCCGCGCUGGCAGCGGCGGUAAACCGAGGGUGGGGGGCGGAGGAACGGGACGACAGCCCCGGAAGCGGGGGCCAGGCCUCUAUCUCCUCCUUCAGCCAGAAGGUGGCGAGGUCCCGGUCGGUGGGAUGCGGCAGCCGGAGCUUCUCCGGGGAGUUUCUGGAGAGGAUCUCCUCUGGGUUCGGCGACUGCGCGCUCCGGCGUGUGGAGUCCCAGCGGGAAUCCAAGGCCGCCGGCGGUGGCGGCAAGAUCGCGAUACGCCAGGGGGUCUUGGGAGAAGCCCGCGAGGAGCUAUCGCGGCAGAGGGUCAGAUGCGGCGGCAUCUUCGGGGGCUUCUCCUCGACCUCUUCUUCUCUCUGGCUCUCCGAGGACCAUCAGGGUGGCGGGCGGCCGCUCACCGGCUGCCAGAUCCCUGCCCCCAUCUCCGCCAUGUCCUCCGGCGGCGGUGGCGACAACGGAACACCCCGCGCGCGGCGAAUCUGGGCAUGGGCCGCCUUCUCCAGCCCCAUGAGGGCCUUCAGCAGGCUCUCGAGCAAGCACGCAGCCAUCGCCUCCGUUAACGGCGCCGCCGCCUGUGGCAGCCCCUCCUUCAAAAGUGUCUCUUUCCCUGCCGUCAAUGGUGGUGGACGUGCCACGACGGCCGCGGCCACAGCUGGUGGGGGCGCCGCCGCCCUGCUCGCUGUCAGGGGUUGA